GUCCAAGUCCAACUAACCCAACGGCAUAAUUUAUGGGCUGAGUAGCCAAACUUUUCCCGCAAUAUUCAAAACACCACAAAUACAAAAGAAAUUAAAUUAAGAAUAGAAAGAAAUUUUCAUAUUCAUACAAUGAUGCUUCUCCCAUUCCAAUCCAUUCUUCAUUUCGAUUCCUUCAAUCCUUCCCGCUCCGACCCUGUACCCGAAUUCCCAUAUUCAUUUCGCUGCAGGAGGACCCGGUCGCCUGCUCUUACCAAAGCUGCAUUCAAGAGAAACGUAGACAACAAGAAUGAUAAGGGGAAGAAGCCAAAUAUCUGUACUGCUGACGAGCUUCACUACGUUCAUGUAGACAAAUCGGAAUGGAAGGUGGCUCUUUGGAGAUACCUUCCUUCUCCACAGGCACCAACCAGGAAUCAUCCAUUGAUGCUUUUGUCAGGCGUAGGAACCAAUGCUAUUGCUUACGAUCUUUCCCCUGAGUCCUCGUUCGCACGCUUCAUGUGCAGUCAAGGAUAUGAUACCUGGAUUCUUGAACUCAGAGGUGCUGGAUUGAGUACACAAGGAAUGGAUUUUGGACAAUAUAAAGACCCUUUAGAUUCUAUUUCUCAGAGGAAGGAUUUUUUUGGUAAGGAUACAGAUUAUAAGAGUUUUUUAGAAACAGAAAAAAGAUAUGCUUUUGCCAGUCAAAUUACGGAUUUAAUUGAAAAGCUCGUAAAUAUAAUUGAAGAAGUUGAAAGAUCAUCUCCAGUACGUGCUUUUGAUAUGCAAAACAGCAUUUCUACAGCACUAAAAGAUAUGCAGAAACAACUUGAUCUUAUUGCCAAGUAUGAUUGGGACUUUGACAACUACCUAGAAGAAGAAGUCCCUGCUGCGAUGGAGUACAUAAAGGAUAAGAGUGAACCAAAGGAUGGCAAGUUACUUGCAAUUGGUCAUUCUAUGGGCGGUAUCUUGCUAUAUGCGAUGCUAUCACGAUGUGGUUAUGAAGGAAAGGAUCCUGGAUUGUCAGCAGUCACUACGUUGGCAUCAUCGUUGGACUAUAUGUCUUCUAGAUCGUCACUCAAACUGCUUUUACCCCUGGCAAACCCUGCACAGGUCCUGAAUGUUCCUGUUAUUCCAAUUGGAACAUUGCUUGCUGCUGCCCAUCCUUUUGCAGCUAACCCUCCCUACCUCCUGUCUUGGUUGAGUCCUCAAAUUUCUGCCCCGGACAUGUUGCAGCCUAAGUUGUUUGAAAAGCUUGUUACGGAAAACUUCGAGACAGUGCCUGCCAAGCUUCUCUUGCAGCUAGCAACAGCCUUUGAGGAGGGAGGAUUGCGUGACAGGAGUGGGACAUUCUUUUACAAGAAUCAUCUCAGUAAAAGCAAUGUCCCUGUCUUAGCAAUUGCCGGAGACCAAGAUCUGAUAUGUCCGCCUGAUGCGGUGUAUGAAACAGUGAAGCUUAUUCGUGAGCCAUUGGUCACAUACAAAGUUUUUGGAGAACCAGGUGGUCCGCAUUUUGCUCACUAUGAUAUAGUGGGUGCCCAACGGGCCGUAGAUCUAGUGUAUCCUUGUAUAAUAGAAUUUCUCAAUCAUCAUGACGCAGCUUGAAGUCGUCGAGACUUCUUCAUUCAAGCUUCGUUCUGUAUAUUUUUCCCCAUGAAGGAAGGAGCCGACUUAGGAAGAAUCUUGAAGCUAGUCUUGCCCUUAAAAUUCUACAUCAACUAGUACAUAUACAUACAUAAAAGGAGGUAAAGGAUCAACACCAAGCAUGUAGUUGUAUUGUUGCAUUAAAGUUUGUUAAUAUGUACAGACAUUUAGAAAAAGUAGUGAAUGUAUAUAUGGUAUACAUAUAUCACUACUCUCUCUCUUAGACAACAAUACUUCAUCAUUUGUAAAUGGUUAACCAUUAGAAAUUUUGACUCUCACAAAACAUUUGAUGAUCUUAAGAGAGAUGUUCGACUACCAUAAAGCUUAUACUUCAUUUUAUAGAGAAAGGUUGUAUUAA